AUGAGGGGUCAUGUCAUUCAUUUUGGCCGGAUUGCUCACUUCGCCGCGAUGGGAAAAGAGCACAGGCCAACUGUUGGUUUCCAAGGAAUGAUGGCAACAGCUGGGCGGUGUUUGCUGAGAUUGGGGACGCCCACUCUCUCCCUUAUAUUCUGCCAUUCGUUUCAUCCAUCCUGUCAAGGUGCUUUGAAAGUCCUUUCCCCGACCUUUUCAUCACCACAGGCGCUGGCUGCUUUGUGGGAUAUUCAAACUUACCGUUCGACUAUAUCUCUAUAUCUACAAAGAUGCCUCGCCGUUCGCCGCCUUCUUCCCUUCGCCUGA